GUUAGUUAGCAUUAGCAACGGGCUUGUCGCAGUUAAGUUGUUUACAUCCGGUAAUGCGGGUCUGUUGAUUAGUUUGCAUAGCUGUGGAUGAGUGAGCUCCGGGCAGCAGACCUGCUGGGGAACAUGAGUCUGUUUGUUGAUUGUGUGAAUUUAUGGAAACAUGUCAAAGAAACGGGGCAGGAAACGCAGCAGUGGAGAGCUGAGUGAGAGCUCAGCAUCGACCCUUAGCCCAGACCCUGACAACCUGCUGGGCCGCAGGAUCCAGCACACCUGGAGGGAGAAGGGUAACGUGACCAAGUGGAAAGGCACUGUUCUGGAGCGUCUAACUGUCAACAACUCCCUCUACAUGGUCAAAUAUGACGGCUUUGACUGCGUCUAUGGCAUUGAGCUGUUCAAGGACGCCCGGGUGUCCAACCUGCAGGUGUUGUCAGAGAAAGUCUUGAAUAAUAAGAUCAAGGUGCCUCCUGGGGCAGAGGAGCUAGUGGGCCGAGCUGUGGAGCAUCUGUUCGAGAAGGAGGACGGUGAGAAAAACGAGUGGCGAGGCAUGGUGCUGUCCCGAGCCCCCAUCAUGACCCACUGGUAUUACAUCACUUACGAGAAGGACCCAGUGUUGUAUAUGUACCAGCUGUGGGACGACUACAAGGACGGAGAUCUACGUGUCCUGCCGGAAUCAGAGAACAAGCACCUGCUGCCAGCAGACAGGAAGCCUGGUGAGGAGCCAGAGAGCCUUGUGGGUAAACAGGUGGAGUAUGUCACAGAUAACGGCCUGAAGAGGACGGGAUUGGUCAUCUACCAGGUUCCAGCAAAGCCCACGGUAUAUUACAUCAAAUAUGACGAUGAUGUUCACAUUCACGUCUACGAUCUAGUGAAGACCACCUAGUACAGACUGUCCAGUUUCACCUUCAGCUGACGGCUCAUCUUUAUCCCGACCGGUCGUUACCUGUUAAAGUGUUAGAGAUUUCAUUUCUCCUGCAGUGGGAGACAAUGUGCCGAAGAUCAAAGCCCCAAAUUUUUUUCUCCGUUCAUUCACACAUUACCAGACAUCUUAGGUUUUGAUUCUCAGUUCUAUGUUGACCUUGAUAUAUGACUAUAGGUCCUCUUCAUCAUGUAAAUAAAUCAGGUCUGAGACUGGUUGUCUUGCCCAGCAGAUGAAAUGGAGCUAGACGUUUGAUUUGAUGAAAUCAUACUUGUAUAGUGCAACUUUCAAACUCCAAAUUCAUACUUUUUGUAAGCAACACAUCAAACUAAAAAAAAAAUCCAGCUUUCUUACCUAUACCUCUGUGUUUUACUCAUACUUCUUUUUAUAUGCCUGUGCUAUUUAUUUCAUCUGGAAUAUCUGGCUGUGCUGCCGGUAACAUUUUGGCAAAACUCAUCUGCUGUGCUUUAUGUGUGUCACUGGGUAGGCCUCAGUUUGCUGAAUAUAGAAGUAAUAUUCAUUUGACCAGUGUGCUAAUUUUACCAUCACAGUGAUGUCAGAUUUCAGUUGAAGUGUAUAGGCACUGAUGAGACUUGACUGCGUCUCACAUCAUGGAUAUAAAACACAAAUUAAUCUAAAAUGUCAUGUAUCAUAUUUCUGUUCUUUUUUUUUUUU